GCGGCGCCGCUACACGCAGCGUUACGGCGGCCGCCGGGCGCGCUCCGCGCCGUCAGCCGAUGGGCGCCGCGCCGGUCCCGCGGCAACAUGGCGGCCGAGAUCCACUCGCGGCCGCAGAGCAGCCGGCCCGUUCUCCUCAGCAAGGUCGAGGGGCACCAGGACGUGGUGAGCGCCGCGCUUCUCAUCCCCAAGGAGGACGGGGUUAUCACGGCCAGCGAGGACAGGACAAUACGAGUAUGGCUCAAGAGAGACAGUGGACAAUACUGGCCCAGCAUCUAUCACACCAUGUCAUCGCCAUGUUCAGCCAUGGCUUAUCAUCAUGACAGCAGACGAAUAUUUGUCGGCCAGGAUAAUGGAGCUAUCAUGGAGUUUCAUAUUUCAGAGGACUUUAAUAAGAUGAACUUUGUGAAGACCUAUCCAGCUCAUCAGAAUCGAGUGUCUGCUAUUACUUUCUGCCUGACAUCAGAGUGGGUAAUCAGCACUGGUCAUGACAAGUGUAUCAGCUGGAUGUGCACCAGGAGUGGGAGUAUGCUGGGGAGACAUUAUUUCACCUCUUGGGCUUCCUGUCUACAAUAUGAUCAUGAGACUCAGCAUGCAUUUGUGGGUGAUUAUUCUGGACAGAUCACUCUCCUGAAGCUUGAACAGAAUACAUGCUCAGUUAUCACAACACUCAAAGGGCAUGAAGGAAGUAUUACUUCCCUGUGGUGGGAUCCUGUUCAACGAUUGCUCUUCUCAGGUGCCUCUGAUCACAGCAUUAUCAUGUGGGAUAUCGGUGGAAGGAAGGGGCGAACACUGCUUCUCCAGGGACAUCAUGACAAGGUGCAGGCUAUCUGUUACAUCCAGCUGACACGGCAGCUGGUAUCUUGUUCAGCUGAUGGAGGAAUUGCUGUUUGGAAUAUGGAUAUCAGCAGAGAAGAGGCUCCUCAAUGGCUAGAAAGUGAUUCCUGCCAGAAGUGUGAACAACCUUUCUUCUGGAAUAUAAAACAGAUGUGGGACACAAAGACAAUAGGGCUGAGACAGCAUCAUUGCAGAAAAUGCGGGCAAGCAGUGUGUGGCAAGUGCAGCACCAAACGGUCAAGUUACCCAAUCAUGGGAUUUGAGUUCCAGGUCCGUGUCUGUGAUUCCUGCUUUGAGUCCAUCAAGGAUGAAGACCGUACUUCCCUGGCAACCUUUCAUGAAGGAAAACACAACAUUUCACACAUGUCCAUGGACAUCUCCAGAGGGCUCAUGGUGACUUGUGGGAGUGACCGGAUUGUGAAGAUCUGGGACAUGACACCAGUAGUUGGUUGCAGCAUUGCAACUGGCUUCUCUUCACGCUGAUCUCAUACCUGACAGGUUCUUGCACCUUAUGUACAGCAAUACGCACCAAACGAACGGAAUCCGUCUUAUGAAUAUUACCACAGACACUGGUUGCUUGAUUCUUCUCCUGCUGCUGUUCCAGGAUGGACAGUCACCUUGGCAGAGCACAGCUUUUCUGCUGGGCUAACCGGGCACCUCCUCGGUGCAGACAUGUGGUUUCGCAGCCUCUGGGACUAACGUAAAGUGGCUUCCCUGCAAUAGGACACCUUGGCAAAAGGACCCCUCGUUUCUGGGUUUACAUAUGUAGUGUUAACUAUGUGCUAUCUCUGCUGAUGUAUCUUGUCCAGAUACUUUGUUGCUAAAAUGUUCUCUCAGAGUAAAACCAGUGUAGUAAAUUCAAUUUGUGCAAAUAGUAAAAUAACUUAUUUUCUCUUCCAAAAAGCAGUUCUGUAGAAAUACUUUUGAGCAGUCACUGUCUAAACUGCCUCCAAAAGCUAUGUUGGUUAUUCCUAUGGAAGGAGGAGACAUUUCAAAGUAGCAGGUCGCUUCUUUCAGAUGAGAUAGUAAGAGAACCUUUGAUCACACAAGAUUUCCUUUAUUGGCUUUCUUGUAGUGUUUGUCUUCAAGUUCAGUUAUUAGUGAAGUCACUUCUGUGGGACAGCUGUUCUGUUUAGGUAGCUGGUGAGUCUUUGAAAAAUUCUAGGCUCUUUAAAUAGUGUUUUAACAUAGCUAAUAAACUUCUAUAGCUCUUAAGAAAAUGUGCAGCCCAGCUACUCUACUUUAGAGACAGGCUGUAGGUAUUCAUAAAACACUGGCUGUACACCGGCAACUCUCUAAUGCUGUUAGAACAGGAAACUAAGCAAAUCUGCCUUCUUAAAUGUAAUGACUAAGAAAAAAUGACCACCUGAGUUUUAGGGACUUCUUCCCGUGGAAAGGCUGGUAUUUCUUUAAUGGUAGGGAACCUGUCUCUGCUGAAGUGCAGCACAAAUUCAAAUACUGCCUUGGAGUUGCUUAAACCAGAUAAAUACUGAGCAAUAAUUACUGAGGUACAAAACAGCUGCUUUUUUCUCCUGCACCUAGGUUUGUUAAUCCUGAGAUAGCUCCUCAGGAUAGUUCCUGUCCUGUUUUAAAGCUGAGAAGUACGAAGAAGAGCUGGGAGGUUUUUAUGACUGCAAGUGGCACAUACGGGGAAAUAACUAGUGAGAUACUGUCAAUAGAUCAGUCUGACGGUUGUGUGAAUUUCCUACAUUUGAACACUGUAAGGAGAACUUAUUUUGAAACUUUGAAAGCUAAGGUAAUAUGUCAGAGAUUAAGCUUGGAGCUGUUUGGAUUUUUCUGGAAACAGAUGCAUAUGUGUGAGGACAAAAAAAAAGUGGAUAGGUCAGCUGGCCCAGAAUAGGUGAUGUUGCACAACUGUUAAAGGUAAUAGGCUCUUCCUGACAGAAGACUUAAGGGUUAGACUGUCUUUAUUUACAGCAACAAUCAAAUGGUGCUAUGAGUGUUAGUGAAUUCAAGUCCUAGGUAUGUAACUUGACACUAAUAAUCCACACUGGACCAUGCUGUAGGCUGAAACAGAUGAAGAAUAUGGUAUUGUUAAUAUGUCAUGAUUCACUUGCAUUUUAAGCCAAAAAGCUGAUAGUGUCCAAAGGGCAUUAGAAUCCAGACUAUGUCAGUUACUGUUAUUUUGGAUCUGGUUUUGUCUACCUUUCCAUGGGCCUUCUCUGGAAGUUUUGUGAAGAACCUUUAAUUUGCUGGGCUUACUGGGCCACUGGAAAAUAAACCAAUCCCCCUUUUGUGAGAAUCCCAAACCCAUCUUUCCUUCAGUUCAGGAUUUAGCACCUGUCACACUGAUUUGAUCCAUGCCUUGCUACACACUGUAGAGCUUAGGGGGUUUAUGAAGGCUUAUUUCUAAGCUAUUGAGAGAAAAUCAGCUUGUGCUAGAAAAAAAAGCUGUAGCUUUCUACUCUGAAGGCCUUCACCUUUGCAAAUUAGGAAGGAAACUGAAUGACUGUAGAGGUGAAUAAGCCCUCAUGGUGCUCUGCAUUCACUUUCAGAUUUCUUCCUAUCUGGCUGUGGAAGAGACUGGAAGCCUGUUUCCUUGCAGCAUGUAAGGCAGCACAUGAGUUACAUUGGUAGAACUGUUUAAUAUCCAACCCUGCUGGGUAAGGAGGAUGUAGGGUCAUGAGUUAAGCUGGGAGAUGGAUGGAGGUGUGGGAUGAAUAGCACAUUUUUCAACCAAACAUUGAGACUUACACCAAUGACACUGAGGUGUGACUCCUUUGCAGCUAGCACUCCUGAGCUUCAGCAUUUUUAGUUGUGAUUAGCCAACGUGGCCCCUGCGCAGUGUGCAGCUCCCUCCCCUUCCCUGUGAAUACUUCCUUUGCUUCUUCACGUUAGGUUUUGCCACUAGAUAAUAUAUUCUCUACUACAUAAUGUUAAACCUAAGGAAUCUAUUUUCUGUAAUUGAUAUACUUAAAGAUAGUGCCAGUUCAGAGAUAACAGGACAUUGUUAUUCAGAUAUAACAAGACAUGGCUGCUAAAUCAUUAGUCAUUUAAGUAUACUCUUGGUGUUGAAUGAGUAAUGCUUACAAACCACUAAAGAAAUAGUAAUUUUGUUUAUAAACAACUAUUUUGAAGGCACAUACUCUCUUGAAACUGAACAUACUUCAUCUGUGUCAGCUCAAGUGUGCAAUUACUAAGAAGGCAUUACUAAUCUCGCUUGUAUAACCACCUUCACUGGGGCAGGGAAGGGGAGCAAAGGCUACUAAUAUGUGCUCAUUCUUUACUAGUUGUAUUUCUGUACUCUGCAUAGUUAAGAGAUGCUAGAUAAAUCUGUCCCUCGCUCCUUCUUGUCUGUUUUUUAAAGUUUGACUACAUGUACAAUAAAAUAUUUCUUGAUAUUCA